AUGUAUCUUCCACGAGUUCUACUCCAAUUUCUAGCAGCAACGGGGAUCUCCCUGGCUGCUGCACUGCCAAGAGAAUCUCCCAAGGUCUGCACUGUACCCGCAGCAGGCUCUACGAGUAUAGACGACACGCCCGCUAUUCUAGACGCCUUCAGUAAAUGUGGACGUGGCGGAAAAAUCAUAUUCACAAACACAACCUACCACAUCCAGAGUGUGAUGAAUACGACUGGACUACAAGACUGCGAAGUCGAUCUUCAGGGCACGCUCCUGUGGAGCACAAAUAUUUCAUACUGGCUUAACAACUCCUUGCCAGUCGGAUACCAGAAUCAAAGUACCGCGUGGGUAAUCGGAGGCAAGAAUCUUCGUUUCUAUGGACAUGGAUAUGGGACUCUGGACGGGAACGGACAAGCAUGGUAUGAUUUCGUCGGCUCCGUAUCUAAUUAUCCACGUCGGCCGCAUGCUAUGACUGUAUCGGCCAUGGAUUCGAUCUUUGACGGGUUGCGGUUUGUUCGGAGUCAGAUGUGGACACUCUCCAUAAUCCACUCCCAACGAACAUCCUUUACAAAUAUUUACGUCAAUAAUACUGGAGAAAGCGGGACAGCCCACAACACUGAUGGCGCAGACACAAUCUACAGUUCAGAUAUCACAUUCCGAAACUGGGAAGUCAUCAACGGAGACGACAGUAUAAGUCUCAAGGCUAAUUCAACUAAUAUCCUGAUCGAGGAUUGUACUUUUUACAAUGGUCUCGGGGUCGCCAUUGGGAGUAUUGGACAGUAUAAGGACGUCUAUGAGACUGUCCAGCGGGUUAUGGUCAGGAACAUCACGUAUGAUAAUACGCUGCAUGCUGCUUAUGUGAAGACUUGGACUGGAGAGCAGGUUGGGUAUCCGCCUAAUGGGGGUGGCGGGGGGCUGGGUCAUGCCUCCGAUAUGAUAUUUGAGGAUCUCUCUGCUACGGGGCUGCGGGGUCCGGCUUUUGCAAUCUCACAGUGUACGACCUUUUCCGGUGCUUCAGGGAAUUGCACGUCAUCAAAGUUUCAAUUGCUGGAUAUUGUUUUGAAGGACAUUGUGGGGACUUCGUCGAGUGGUGAGGUGGCUACUUUGCAAUGUUCUGCUGUAGAGCCAUGUGAGAAUAUUACAAUUGCUGGUGCUGAUCUGACAUUCAACAAUAAUACUCAGGUUGAUGAGUAUCUAUGUGGAAAUGUUGAGGGAACAUUUGGGUUUGAUUGCACCGGAGAAGUAUGUGUGGGCAGUAGUGCUACAGGUGGUUGUUAA